GGAAUCAUCGGCAAGGACAUCCUUAUCUUGUGUCGAUGCGUUCGGUAGAGACUUUGCCUCGCCAUGACAAGUGGCGGUAGUGAAUGCGGAAUCUAGAGCGCACGCGACAGGUGACCAGAGGACUGGGGUUGACGGAAGUCUGGCUGCAGCAGGUGCUUUACGUGACACGGAGGUCGUCGCGGCUCCCAGCAUGUAACAUCGCUUGCCCUGGCUUUUCAUGACCGCUCACGACUCAUGGAUGGAGGAACGACGACGGCCAUAACGGAGACGGCAAACACGAGCUGCUCAGACACGCAGUGCGGGGUAGAAGCCAAGCUGGCUCUUACGCCCGGACGCCCACAUAAUGCUGACAGGCGGUCGAACGAGAGCCUGCUGCCAGCGCAAGACGGCCACCCCGCAGCACACACUCCUCCCCCGGCCCCGACCGCACGGCCGUCCGAGCGCAGCGCCAGCCCGAAGAUGCGCCGCCAAAUGACCAUCGAGCUCCCCACGAACGAGCCGUUCGAGGUGCUCUACGACCGCAAAUUUCCGUCGAGGAACACUCCCCAUCCCCAAAGCCGUGCAUCGUCCCCGGCAACGCCCUCCACCUCAUCGACGACGACCCUUCGCCUCGCUCUCAGACACCUUCGUCCGUCAUCAUCAUCGCCGACGGCACAGAAAUCCACGUCGACGGCAGUCGCAGUCCAGCCGCCGACCACAGCGGGGGUGACGCAGGCGAGAGCGGUGAAAGAAGUUCAUCGGAGCCACCACCCGGUGCACGCCACAGCCGCGCGUACGCUUCCGCUCGAGGGUGCGCAUCACCUCUGGCGUGCACCGACAUCGACACAGCGGGACGCCUGCCCCGCAGGGCCAGCGCCGACUCUCCUCGGGCACGCCUUCCUCGGGGUCGUCCCCGUCGUCGUCGAUCUCUGCGCCACUGCGGUACCAGGCGGACGAGAACGCAACGUGGGGCCCGCUCGGUCGGAGGCUGAGUGCGUUUGCUGCGGCGGGGCGAAGAAAGAGCGUACAGGCGUCACCGCAGGAUGCAGAGGAAGGGAAUGGGGAUGGCCCCGGGGCGCAUGCGAGACCGAACGAGAGGACGGCAUUGUUGAGGUCGUCGCGGCAUGGAGGGUACGUGGACCCUUACGACACACAUCUGAGCGAAGGCGACGAGGAUGACCUGGAGGAUGAGUUGGGGGCCGCUGAGCUCAGUCGGCAGAAGGAGUUGGUCUUCGGCCCUUGGCCAGAAAGGCUACUCAAUCUUCAAUGGUGGUGGUGGCACCUCGAGCCCAUUGUCUGUUGUACAUACUGUUCCGAAGACUCCGAUUACGACGAAUGACUUAUACCCUAUACCCUCGUAUGUAUCCCGCUCUCUUCACACACUUGUGUAAUAGUCUAUUUGGACACGCAGUUUCUAUACGCUACCUAUACGUACACUAGCCGCUGUACAUCACGCCGUGGGCUGUUGAAUCCCUACUCUAAACCAAGCUC